AUGGACGGACAGAGGCAACAGUAUCUCCCGGGACCCCCGACCGCUCAGUCCCAUCCCAUGAACCUCCCUCCGCCACCUCCACGCCCGCCAGCGCAACUUCAGACUAUUGUACCCCCGCCACCACCUGGUCCACCGCCAGGAACAGGCUAUGGAGCUCCGACGCAAUGGCAGCAGCAAUCUUGGGGCCGACAGGCAAUGACCCCCGGCUAUUUACCUCCACCACCUCCUUUGCCCCCGAGCCAGCAUCAACCAUACCGUCCGAUGGCUCCUUUGUCUGUGGGUUCUGAACCUCUCACCUCUGCGACAUAUAUUCCCGGCCAUGAUACGAUCGGCGUCGGCAUCCCGCCAUUGCUCGAGUCUCAUGGAAGAGUUCCAUACGAUGCCUAUCGACCAGCAGCCAAUCAGGCAUACGAGAUUCCCCCCACUGAUGGAACAUACAAUCCGCAAACUCCAGGGGGUCGCACAGCUCUGCCUUACGCUCUCCACAACAAUGUGCAUGAGCUUGUGACGAAUGACAACCCAUCGCAAAGUGCAGGCCAGGGCAUAGAUCUCACCAAGUCGCCCAGCCAUCGUCAUAACAACAGCGGUACGUCGUUGGGCGGAUUGACUCUUAAUGAGGCCGGCGUUCAAUGGCCGCUCGACCGAGUCCUGCUCUGGCUGGCACGGAAUGGAUUCUCUAGGGACUGGCAAGAAACUUUCAAGUCUUUGGAGAUCCAAGGAGGCGAUUUCCUUGAGCUCGGUCUAGCGUCCGGUGGGCGAGGAAACCUGGGGAAAAUGCAUCAGGUUGUCUACCCUCAGCUAUCCAAAGAGUGCUCGCGGAGCGGCACUGGAUGGGACUCAACCCGCGAACGCGAAGAGGGCUUGCGUAUGCGCAAGCUGAUCCGUCAGAUUCACGAUGGUGGCCCAGACACUGCUAUUUCUACGCCGAUGCGCGGAGAACCGCCAGCUUUAGUUCCCACAUCUGCUGAAAGUGGGACUGGAUAUUAUUCCACGCAUUUCCCUGAACCCCGCUCGGCUGGUCCGUCUGGCGGAGUGAGCGAUAUCAGCGCGAAUCAGCUAGCUGAAUUACAGGGUUCUUCCGGCCAGGGCCACAAGCAACCCACUGAAAAACGUUCCGUCACCAUGCCUGUCCCCAGCGGCCAUGACUCGCCAAUGUUCAAUUCUCCUUCUCGGGAGUUUCCGUCCUGGCUGCGGUCAGAGUACUCACGAAAUGCUUUGGCGUCUACCAAUGAUCACCGCAGACAAAGUCCCUCGCAAUCCAGUGACGCCGGAACGCUUCCAAGCGCAGGAUUUCGGGCCCAAGAUAGUCCGAAGAGUGGUAGUCCAGCUACGCAGUAUGUGUCGCCCUCAUCUGGAGGGCUCGCAUCUUCUUCAACUGGAGAUUUGACCUUGAGAUACGACCAUUCUCGUGGAAACAGCACGGAUUCGAUCCCUGGUGCCGGACGCGGUGCUUCCUCGGCAGUUGGCCGCUAUUAUGAUAGUCGUCGACAAGGCCAAGACAAUGCACGCCCAUCACCUUCAGAUCCACAUGGUCGGCCUUGGAGCGGAGAAAAUUCCUCGUACUCGAGAGAUCACAGCAAAGGGAUUCUUUCAAACAUCUUCAGCAGGAGAAAGCAGGUCAGAAAUGAUUCGAGUCACCCAUCUCCAGAAGAGAGCCAUCCGGACUCACCACCAAGUCCCGAGCCUCGCUCGAAUGGCCAGUAUCUUCCAUACUCAAAGCCCAGGUUUAAUUCCAGUGACAUGUCACUAGGCGACCGCCCGUCCUCGGCAACUACGACGAAGACAAAGAAAUGGGUUUUCGCUACCAUGGAUGGCAUCCAGUACCGUCUGAUUGAUGUUUCUGAUAUGGAAUCUGUUGAGAGCCUACGCUCAGGGAUAUGCCAGAAACUAGGCUUGUCUGAUUGGUCCAGUGCCCAGAUCUUCCUGACAGAGCCUGGACAGACUGACCAUCAAGACCCUUUGAACGACACAAACUUAGAGAUUUCCCGCCGAAAUAGGUCUGAUGCUUAUGGCUCCUUGAAACUAUUCGUUAAAGGGGUUCUCGCCCACCCAACACUUCCUAAUAUUCCGACUUUCAACGGCCUUGGGGUUUCCAUUCCAGGAGACAAGCCGACCCUGUCUCCCACUGCCACGACGCAUGCUCCAAUUAUUCGCAAGCCGCUGGAUCAAGAUGCCCUUGAUAGAAUUUCUCCGCAAACUCACACAAAACCAGGCUCGCCGUUGUUAAGCUCCCGACAGUCAACACUGAAGGCCUCGGCCCAAAAAACACUUCCGGCUGGCUCUCAAGACUCCAACCAAGUACUGGACCCUGAAAAAGCCGAUCUGCUUACACGCCAUGAAGCUCACCUCCGUGAGAUUGAUCGGAAGCAAAAGGAGAACAACAUUUCCCGUCAACCUCCGUCCAUACAACAAUCCCGGAAAGACACUUACAGCGAAAAUGGCUAUAGACGUGAAGGGGUUAUCGACUUUGACUCUCCUCGCAUUUCGCCAUACGAGAAGGAGAAGGCAGAAACUCUGGUGCCAUUGCGAAAACCGCCAACCGCUCCAAUUGAGUCCAACACGCUCACCAAGAUCAAUUCUCUCAGAAAAGCUCCUAGCGAGCGUAGCGAGCGUGGUAGCCGUUCAGGGUCUUCAGGGACUAUUCAGACCCACGGAUUGGGAGCUAUGAUUACCAGUAUGGGUCGGAUGACAAGUGCCAUUGGCACACCGGCCCCUUCAGUACAGAUUUCAUCGCAGCCUUCUUCCGCCACUCGAGAAAGCUUUGGCUCGGAUUCUGAUCGGCCAGCAACCGCUUCGAGCAGGACAACAUUAGGUAAGUAUCCGAACACGUCAAUCCACUAUACGAGUGAAUCGCCCCAUAUCGGAUCAUGUGCUGAUUAUGUGGAUUAUCCAGAUUCUUCGAGAAAUCUUCACUCUUCUUCAAAGAAUGUCUCGCCUGAACCUUCAAGGCCCGGUCUAGUAUCUCGCAAGUCGUUUGGCCCGGAGUUCGAUUUCGAAGAGAAUGAAGUUUCCUUCCAGCGAACUCCGCACCCAAAUCCUGAGUCUGACGAUGAAUCUGACGAUGGACUCUUUGCUCUUCCUCUCGCCAACAAGAAGGCGCAGAAGACUGAACCUGUGCCCGAGCCUGAAAAGAAGACCGAGAAGCCUAGUCUCACUGUGAAUACGGGUCAUGCUAAUCCCCGUCGUGUCAGUUUCAUUUCUCCAAAUACUACUUCUGGAGAGAGCUUCCCUGGGCCGUCGACUCAAAGUUCCGCUGGUGGUGCUUCUGACAGCAUGGAGUCAGCAACCGGGCCCUUUGGUGGAUCUGCGACCCCCGAAGACGAGAGGCCUAUACGGCCUGAUUCCUUUGCUAGAGACGUUUGGGCUAGCAGACCUCCAGUCGAAGGCGUCAUCAACAAUCUGGAUGACUUCUUCCCGAACGUUGAUCUUGACGCACCUUAUCUGGAUGAGCCUCCAUCUCCAAAUAACAGGGAUGGCGCGGAGAAUGACUCCAGCACGAAGGAGAAGCAAGCAACUCCAUCGUCUGCAUCCACACCCAAAGGCGAUGCAAACAAAAAUUAUGGGGGAGAUUCGUCAACAGUGCGCCCGCAACCUGGAUUUAUCGCACGCCGCCAACUAGACCGCGGCGGCGGUGGUCUUUCGCGAGCAAAAUCCAUUCGAGAAGUGGCCAGGGGUGCAGCUGUUAGGACUAAAAGUAUUGGCUCUGCUGGCCCUCAGCAGUCAGGGAAUCUUCUGCGCCGAAAGAGUACCAAGAUGUUUGGUGCGAAGAUUAUGCAAAUCAGUCCAAAGCCUGGGAGCCGAAUCAAUCAACUCGACCCUAUCCCUCAGUAUAGAACUCCGCCGAGUGGAUCCGUCCCGCAACGACAGGCUACCUUCCGCAUCAUUCGUGGUCAACUCAUCGGCAAAGGAACAUAUGGACGAGUGUACCUGGGCAUCAACGCGGAUAAUGGUGAGGUUCUAGCUGUGAAGCAAGUCGAGAUCAACGCGAGAAUAGCUGGAGCAGACAGAGACCGUAUCAAGGAAAUGGUGGCGGCACUGGACCAGGAGAUCGACACGAUGCAACAUUUGGAGCAUCCCAACAUCGUCCAGUACCUCGGUUGUGAACGAGGUGAUCUAUCGAUCUCCAUCUACCUCGAGUAUAUCUCUGGUGGCUCGGUUGGAAGCUGUCUCCGCAAGCAUGGCAAAUUCGAAGAGAGCGUCGUCAAGUCUUUGACACAGCAAACUCUCAAAGGAUUGGCCUACCUACACGACAUGGGAAUUCUCCACCGUGACCUGAAAGCCGACAAUAUUCUAUUGGACCUCGACGGAACGUGCAAAAUUUCCGACUUUGGAAUUUCCAAAAAAACAGACGAUAUCUACGGCAACGACUCGUCCAACUCUAUGCAGGGCUCUGUAUUCUGGAUGGCCCCGGAGGUCAUUCAAUCCCAGGGCCAAGGCUAUAGUGCCAAGGUCGACAUCUGGUCCCUCGGCUGUGUGGUCUUGGAGAUGUUCGCUGGUCGCCGACCGUGGAGCAGGGAGGAGGCUAUCGGUGCUAUUUUCAAGCUGGGCAGUCUCAGUCAGGCCCCACCUAUUCCCGAUGAUGUCUCCAUGAACAUCACUCCUGCGGCUCUUGCGUUCAUGUAUGACUGCUUCACAAUUGAUUCUUCCGAACGUCCCACUGCAGGCACCUUGCUCGGCCACCCAUUCUGUCAACAGGAUCCUACCUAUAAUUUCCUCAACACCGAGCUUUAUGCCAAGAUCCAACAUGUGCUUUGA